AAAACGAAAUCCAUCGAUUCAAUCAAAUUGUUUUUGCGUCACAAAUCCAAUCCAAUCCAACAAAACUCAAUCAAUCGAACUUAAUAUCAAUGGAGGUCGCCGGAGUUGUGUUCCGUCAGUCGCCGUGUUUCUCUUCCGCCGCUGCUGACGUGUCCAGCUCCCGCCACUCGCGGUUGUGUACGACGGUGAGAAAACCUAAUUCGGUGGGUGUUAAGCAGCGGAAGUGGUUGGGUGUGUGUGUGGUUGCGGGUGAGUAUUCUGAUAAGGGUCAUUUAAAGUAUUAUGAGGGGACCAGAAUGGCGGUGAAAGAUGAGAUGGUGUUGAAGAAGAAGGAUAUGAAGAAGAAGUUGAAGUUGUUGAAGGGGUUGUCGAAGAGCUUGAAUACUUUUUCUGAGAUGGGGUUUUGUUUGGAUCAGGAUGAUGAUGAUAAUGGGUUGGGUCAGCAAGUCAAGGGCAAGAUGAUCUCGGAAGCAACAGAGGUACUACUUGGACAAUUGCAGAAACUAAAAGAAGACAAGAUGGAAUACAAGAGGAUGAAGAAAGAAGAGAAGGCCAAAAAGAAAAUGAUGACAAAGACGAAGACGGAUUGCAAGGAUUCCUCUUCGUCUUCGUCCGAAAGUUCUUCGGAGUCUGAUUGCGAUAACGUCGUGAACAUGCGCCAACUGAAAACCGUCCCAACAUCAACCACUAACACCCAUCAAGAAACAACAUCCGUGGUCCAAGUUUUGGAAAAAGCCGAAAACCUAGUUGCAGAGACCGCAGUUUGCAAGAUUGGUAACAGUGUAAAUGAGGCGGAUUGUGGUAAGAAGAUAGAGGUUUGUAUGGGGGGAAAAUGCAAGAAAUCUGGAGCUGCAAUGCUGUUGGAGAAUUUCCAAGCGGCAGUGGGCGGAGAAGCUACGGUUGUGGGUUGCAAAUGUAUGGGGAAGUGCAGAGACGGGCCGAAUGUGAAGGUGCACAGCGAAGAUGUGGCGCCUGCAGUGACGAAUUCGCUGUGCAUCGGAGUUGGACUCGAGGAUGUUGAGACCAUUGUGACCAAUUUCUUUGGUGGGGGUUCUGAUAUGGUGCCAGCACUAUCUUAAGUGUUUGAUUCCAGUUUACUACACUACUUAUGAAACAAAUUCAAAUUGUAUAUGUUUGUUGGUUGGAUUGAAUUUUGAUUAAUAGAUUUUUAGGGGUGGAGAGAGAUAUGAUUAUGUAAAUAGAUUUAAGUUGAUGAUUAUAUAUCAUAUAUGAAAUAUUUGUAAAUUAAUUGUUGAUAGAUAAUUUCGGUAUUUAGAACUUUGAA